CGUGAACGCACCACCCAUUUCUCGCGUUUUUGCGGCGUACGCAUGCUCCUUAGAACUCUGAAGGAAGCACACGCAACAUGGCCGAGGUGACAGCGGUAGACGGAGAUAAACUCAGCAAAAAGUCUGCUUGCUGACCGAGUCAGUUUAGACAGCAUGCUGUGUCUGGUCAGAGCAGCCAGGCAGCAGCUGUGCCAGGCCUAUGUGAUCAGGGGACAGUGGUAUAAACGUACACCCCCCUGUAUGGCUACAAUCCCAACUCAAAUUCAUGGGAACCGAUGGAGAGGUGACAAAAGUGAGCUGAAGAGGCGUAUGAAAGCUGAGAAGAAAGCUGCUGAGAAAGAAGCUAAGGUGAAGGACCUGGUGGAGCAAAAAAAGGAGUCAAAUGGCCCUGCUGCUGAAAAUGCCGCUGGACUGGAUGAGGAGUCCCUUGACCCAAAUCAAUAUUUCAAGAUUCGCUCCCAAGCCAUCGGGGAGCUAAAGGGCACAGCAGAGGAUCCGUACCCACACAAAUACCAUGUAGACCUGUCACUCACAGAGUUCAUUGAGAAGUACAAUAAUCUACAGGCUGGAGAUCAGCUGUCUGAUGUUGUUCUUAAUGUGACAGGUCGUGUCCAUGCCAAGAGAGCUUCUGGAGCCAAGCUGCUCUUCUACGACCUGCGAGGUGAAGGAGUCAAGUUGCAGGUUAUGGCCAACUCAAGAAACUACAAGUCUGAAGAAGACUUUGUGGCCAUUAAUAACAAACUGCGACGUGGUGAUAUCAUCGGUGUCCGUGGUAACCCAGGGAAGACUAAGAAAGGGGAGUUGAGUAUCAUUCCCAUUGAGAUGACCUUACUUUCACCAUGUUUGCACAUGCUGCCCCAUCUCCACUUUGGCCUGAAAGAUAAGGAAACACGAUUCCGCCAGCGAUAUUUGGAUCUGAUUCUCAAUGACUAUGUCAGACAGAAGUUCAUCACCCGUGCCAAAAUCAUCACAUACUUACGUAACUUCCUGGACCAGCUUGGAUUCUUAGAGAUUGAGACCCCUAUGAUGAACCUCAUCCCUGGUGGUGCUGUGGCUCGUCCUUUCGUUACUUACCACAAUGAGCUGGACAUGAACCUUUACAUGAGGAUUGCUCCCGAGCUGUACCAUAAGAUGCUUGUGGUUGGUGGAAUAGACCGGGUGUACGAGAUUGGCCGCCAGUUCAGGAAUGAAGGCAUUGACCUCACUCAUAAUCCAGAGUUCACUACCUGCGAGUUCUAUAUGGCAUAUGCCGAUUACCACGACUUGAUGGAAAUAACUGAGAAGCUUCUAUCAGGAAUGGUUAAACACAUCACUGGAGAAUAUAAGGUGACCUAUCACCCCGAUGGUCCGGAAGGUCAGGCCUAUGAGAUUGACUUCACCCCACCUUUCAGAAGAGUGAGCAUGACACACGACCUGGAGAAGAUAAUGGGAGUCAAAUUCCCUCCAACAGACAGCUACGACACUGAUGAGACACGCAUGUUCUUUGACCAGCUGUGUGCACAGAGAGGAGUGGAGUGUCCUCCACCCAGAACCACCGCUCGCCUCCUUGACAAGUUGGUUGGAGAUUUCCUAGAGGUCACUUGUAUCAACCCUACAUUCAUAUGUGAUCACCCUCAAAUUAUGAGUCCCUUAGCAAAAUGGCACCGGUCUGAGAAAGGCCUGACGGAGCGCUUUGAGCUCUUUGUGAUGAAGAAGGAAAUCUGCAAUUCAUACACAGAGCUGAACGAUCCAGUCAGACAGAGGGAGCUUUUUGAGCAGCAGGCUCAGGCCAAAGCAGAGGGUGAUGAUGAAGCCAUGUUCAUCGAUGAAACCUUCUGCACUGCUCUGGAGUACGGUCUGCCCCCUACUGCUGGCUGGGGAAUGGGCAUCGACCGUCUCACCAUGUUUUUAACUGACUCCAACAACAUCAAGGAAGUUCUGCUGUUCCCUGCUAUGAAGCCUGAUGACAACAAAUCAGCUGCACCAACAGAGGGAGCCCCUGAUGUCUGAUCACAUGACUAAUGAUCUCUGGCUAACAGACAUGUGCAGUAGUUAGUAUCAAGAGGAAACAGUUCAUUCAUUUGUUUUCGUUUUUUUCUUACUCUUAGUCUGUCAAAGGUGGUUUCAGGUUUGGUUUUUUGUUUUUGUUUUUCUUAUACUUCAGCUCCGUCCUUUUUGGACAAAUUGUAAUGCUCACCAUGCAUUGUUGAAAUUCCUGGUAUUUGAUCUUAUUGUUAGCUGAUGUAGGUCUGUCCAGAUCUUCUUAUGCUUUAUGUUUUUAAAAAGCUGCCAGAUUUAAGCACCAAGAACAUAAUACAGAGAUUUGUGACACUUUACUGACAUUGAAGACAUGUGAUCAGUAAAUCAACCUGUAUCAUCACUUUUGCCAGGUUUGUUUUCUGCCAAGACAUUUAAACACAUUUAUGAAUAUAUCUGAAUAAAAGGCAAAUUAAUUUACACAG